UAUAUUCCUCUGUCUAGUUUGUAUAUAAUCACUGGUCUGAGGCCGUCAAAGGAAUGCAGUUACAGUGUUGCAUUUAAAUGGUGUUUGGUGGCAGUUCAGGUAUGUAAAAAACCAAACAAUUUGCACUGGUACCCAACCUGACUUAAAUUCGGGUUCUCCUAUGAGCCCAAGAUCCUUCAAAACGUAACACGUACCAGCCUGCUCAGGUGACUCAGGAAUCACGGUGCAGUAAUGACCAGAACAGACCAUAUUUUAGAAGCUUGUGUGCUACACUAAAGUGAUGAAAAACAUGAUCAGAGACAUUGUCAUUGUACAGCAUCCAGUUUCUGUGUGUGUACCACUGAACUAUACAGUGACUCUGAGUGUGAGAGCACAGGGGACAGGCAUCCUGAAUUACCAGUGGUUCAAAUCUGAGGAAGAAGAGAUAUUUGGUGGGACCAGUCCGGAUCUGACUUUCACAGCCCAGAGAUCUCAGCUGUACAUUUGCCGUGUGAAUGACCAGUUCUGCAACUGUGUGUUUAGUGAUUGGGUCAAAGUAAAAGUCCUGGACAUUGCUAAACCAGGUCUCCCAAGAACAUGGCGAGGAGAGCCCCAUAUAGCUGUACACCCUGUGUCCCAGAAUGUUCGACAAGGGGAGAGACUCACUCUCUUGUGCUCUGCUUUUGGCAUUCCCAUCCCCAAGUACCAGUGGUACAGAAAUGGUCAUCCACUGCAUGGCAAGACUACUGACACACUGCAGAUCGAGAAAGCUGAUGCAGAUCACAGAGGAACAUAUCUCUGCUCUGUUGUCAAUGUUCACGAGGAGAGAUGGACACAGCCAGCUGAUGUUGAUAUAGUGCUGUCUAAUCAACUCACAGGUCCAACACCCACAGCAUCUGAUAAAGUAGCCCUGCUGAUUGGUAACCUCAACUACUCCCACCACCCGGACCUGAUGGCCCCCACUAUGGAUGUCCACGAGCUAGCCAACCUGCUGCAACAACUAGGCUUCAGAGUGUUGUCCCUACUGGACCUAACCAGGAAGGAGAUGCUUGCGGCCAUUGACAAAUUCCUGCUCCUGCUUGACAAAGGCGUGUAUGCCCUGUUCUACUAUGCUGGUCAUGGGUACGAACGUUUAGGGAGAAACUAUAUGGUUGCCAUAGACGCUCCACAGCCAUACAGUCCAGAGAACUGUGUCUGUGUACAGAGAGUCAUGUGCAAAAUGCAGGAGAGACAGACAGCAUUGUGCAUGGUCUUACUAGACACCUGCAGAACAUGGUACAACCAAGAUUGCAUAGCUUCUGAAAUCAGGCCCUUAGUACCCAUGGGAAACACUGUGUAUGGAUAUGCCACAUGUGAGGAUGCAGAGGCCUUUGAGGUGCAGGACGGGGGGAAGAGCACUGGGAUCUUCACUAAGUACCUGAACAAGCACAUCCUUCAGCCAGAGAAGGUCACGCACAUCCUGGAGCAGGUCUCUGAGGAUCUGGGCAGAGACCCUCUGGUCACAGGAAAGCAGGUGGUGGAGAUCAAACACACGCUAAAGGAGCCUCGCUCCCUCACAGACCCGGUCAGGACCAGAGGCCAUACAAGGGAGUUACGUGUGAGAGACGCCUGCUGGAAACAGGCCAACGAGUUACCACGUCAGAAGCAGCUUAUUUUUCCAUGUGGGGUUGUGGUGGAGGUCAGCUUCUCAGCCUUGUUCUCAAAUGUGAUGGUUGUCUUUGGUACUGUGAAAACCACUGGUCCCAGAGCACAGGACUGCACAGUUACACUUAGGACCACACCUGUAAUGGAGGAUAUCUUUAGUCCGAGCAGAUCAGGAGAAAUGGAUUCUCUGCUAAACAACUUGGUUGCUGAACCCUCUGACUGUAGCCUCAGACUUUGUGGCCUUCAAAAGCUCCAGGGAUCCUUAGUGAUUAAGGUGGACCUACACUAUACCCACAUGGACAACAAGCUGCGUCUCCAAGAGAGCAAACAACUGGAUAUAGGGAAGCCUUUGGUAGCAUCCUUUGAUCUGUACAAGGGACAGGAAACAUUGAUGGCCCCAAGACAAGAAGGAAACCCUGCUCGGCAUGUGGGGCACAUAUCACACAGCAUACAGCCCCCACAUCAGACACUGGACAAGCCAGGCCGCCCCUUCACCAGGAAGGCAGAGUGUGCUUCUAAAGUCCCCACUGUAAAGGGCAAUGAACCAGAGGAGAAUGAUGAAUCAGAGCUUCAUGAUUUUACUCUUUGACUUCCCUCUAUCUUUGGAAAUGUGUUGUGUUCUAAGUUGUGUUCAGUGUAACUCUUGUAUAUGUUCCUCUAUAAUAGUGUUUAUAGCCUAUUUUCUAUUUAGGCUUUAAUCAAUGUACAAGAAUAAUGUCAGCGCUGAUACAUUCAAUUUCUAUGGUUAAAUUCCAUCAGUUUAAUGGUGGUAAUGAGGUGUCUGUGUGUUUGUUUGUCUGUCUAUGUCUUUUUGUUCUCAUUCAUCAUGACACUCAAGCAAUAUUUAUUCUUAAAUUAUCCCCCAGAAAAGGCAACUUUUCUACCUGCUUGUGAAUAAUAAUAAUAAAACAAUAAUGUACCAGUAUGUAACCAAUAAAAUGAAUUACAUAACUA